AUGGUGCAAAAAGCGUGCGCUAUUUCGAUUGUGCGAGGACUAUGUGACUUACUGGUGAUUUUUUCGGCAUCAUCAGUUGGCGCCAUCUGUGGGAAGCGUUUCGCAGAUUGUAAGCCAUAUUAUCGCUUUCUGGACAAAAGAGUUGCAUGCACCUUCAAGGAGCUAAGCACUCAAUUUACUGCACACUUCAUCGAGAGACAUAGGUACAAGAAGUUUACGGCUUGCUUGAUGAGCAUCAAGCAGCGAGAGGAGGAGACGCUAAGAUCCUACAUAUCCCGCUUCAAUAAGGAGGCACUCUUGAUCGACGAAGCCGAUGACAAGAUACUUGUAGCGGCAUUCACUAAUGGGCUUAAGAAGGUUAAGUUUUUGUUCUCCCUGUACAAAAACGACCUGAAGACCAUGUCAGAGAUGCUUUACAGGGCCACCAAGUAUAUGAAUGCUGAAGACACGCUGCUGGCCCGAGAAGAAAGACCCAAGAAAAGAGAGAGGCAAGAAGACACACGGUAG